GGCCCGCCCUCCGGUCCCGCUGCCACACUCGCGUUGUCUGCGGCCAGCGAUGCCGAACUGAACCCGAACCGCACGUAAAAUUCAGAGUAGCGGCUGGGAGUGAGCGCGGCUCUGCUCGGCUCGGCUCGGUUCUGUGAGAGACUCGGUUCGGUUCUGUGAGAGACGCGGCUGUUAGCUACCCGGCUAACCUUCACUCAGCGCUGAGGGAAAGUUUGCGCGAGGACCAGCAUCUGUGUGUGCGCGCGCGCGGGCGCGCGUGUUUUCUUCUUCCAAGCAGAUUUGAGGCGGAAAGUUCUGGAACAUGUCUCUCUCAGUCCCGCAGAACGGACAGCGCGGGGACGAGCCCGCCAUCGAGCUGUUUGUCAAGGCGGGCAGUGAUGGAGAGAGCAUAGGGAACUGCCCCUUCUCUCAGCGUCUCUUCAUGAUCCUCUGGCUGAAGGGAGUGGUCUUUAACGUCACCACCGUUGACCUGAAAAGGAAACCAGCAGAUCUUCAAAACCUAGCUCCAGGAACACACCCUCCUUUUGUCACAUUCAAUGGUGAAGUCAAGACUGACGUUAACAAGAUUGAGGAGUUCCUGGAAGAUGUGCUCAGUCCACCCAAGUACUCUAAGCUCAGCGCCAGACACCCUGAGUCCAACACUGCGGGGAUGGACAUCUUCGCCAAGUUCUCCGCCUACAUCAAGAACUCAAAACCAGACGCCAAUGAGGCUCUGGAGCGAGGUCUGCUGAAGACACUGCAGAAGUUGGAUGAGUACCUGUGCUCUCCCCUGCCUGAUGAAAUUGACCACAACAGCAUGGAGGACGUCAAAGUGUCCAGCCGCAAAUUCCUGGACGGAGACGAGAUGACGCUGGCCGACUGCAACCUGCUGCCCAAACUGCACAUCGUCAAGGUGGUGGUGAAAAAGUACCGAGGCUUUGAGAUUCCUGAAUACAUGACGGGUGUGUGGAAGUACCUGAGGAACGCGUCCGACCGCGACGAGUUCAUCAAAACCUGCCCCAGCGACAAGGAGAUUGAGAUCGCUUACGCCGACGUGGCCAAGCGGCUCGUCAAAUAAACGCCCUUGCCAAAAAAAUUAUAUAUAUAUAUAUAUAUAUCCCCUCCCCCUUUUCCUCCUCCUCCUUUUUAACCCCGCCCCAAAACUGGGACUACUUUAUUUUCACACGGGGGAAAACAACUACAGACUUUUUUUUUUCCUUUUUUCCCCUCCCCGUUUCUUUAGAGUAUAAUAACCCAGUGCAUGACGUAUAGAGAUAUAUUUUCUUUCUUAUUCUCACACUUCUUAAAGAUUCUACAUUUGAAGGUUAAAUCUGUUGAAUUCUAUUUAACCAUUUUUAUUUUUUGUUUGUUUUUGUAUCACAUGAGACAUGGAAGUGUUAACGAGUGUGUGUUGGUUACAACUCAAUAUGGCGCAUGUUCUCUCUCUCUCUCUCUCUCUCUCUCUCUCACACGCACACUUCAUCCUGUAGCAGCAAAGGAGUGUGUUUCCACCAGCCUUUUAUGAUUUAGGCCAAAAAACCCCUGCUUUUCAAAGCUUACACGGUGAGCAUUACUGAAGCUUUUUUUUUUUUUUCUGGUUUCUGACACAAAUCGAAUCUAAACAGUGUUGGAAGCACCAGUGUUUUUUUUUUUUUUUUUUUUUAAAUGUUUUUUCAGAGCGUUUCGUCAAGCACUGGCUGAUUAUCAGACUCCGACAUGAAGGCAGACCUUGAAAUUAAAAUCCAAUCUUUUAUUUAACACCCCCCCCCCCCCCCCCCAAAAAAAAAAAUAUUAACCUUUUAGUUUAAACCCCGCCCACUUGUGGCACUUUUUUUUUUUUUUUUUUUUUUAAACACACGGCAGUUCAGCCAAUCGUUUCAUUAAUUUCAGGCGUUUGAUUUGUACUUUACUUGUCGAUGUAAGAAAGAAAGAGGAGUGUGAAGAAAAGGAAAAAAAAUAGUUUAUAUAGUAAUGCUAAUAUGUUGUGUAGAUGGGUGCCAAAACUUUUACUGGUGAACCGAAGGUGAUGAAGUCCUUCGAAACUUGAUGAGAUUGUUAUAUAGAUUUUUUUUUUUUUUAACAACAUAGCUAAAAGCAGACUGAGUUUUUGGACUUUUUUUUUUUUUUUUAAUAAACUUUUGAAUGUAGUUGAACAGAGGCCUUACUCAGGUGCAUGAGUUUUAACACGAUGCCUCCUUUGGCCUUAAUCACUUCCUUACAGCGCUCUGUGUGUGUGUGAGAGCUCCAGCUGCGUAUUCAACAUCUGUAAAGGGAAAAAAAGGGGGAAAUGCUGCAAAUCAUCACCAUCCAAGGGAAAAGAAAUAAAAAUAAUUUGUACUGUAGAAGGAAAGAUGAAGUUUAUAUCUUGGUCUAGAAAGACAAAAUUACAGCUUUAUUCUUUUUCUAAUAUUGGAUGAACUAAAUAUUGGAAUUUUUUUUUUUUAGUAAUUUGAAAUAAAAAAAGCUACAAGAGUG